CGGGAGCGGGGCGGGACGAGCUGCGGAAGCGGCCUGCGCCAGGCGGCGUCGAGCCGCGAAGUUGCUCGGCGUCGUGUGGGGCUCUCCGGUGGGCUAUGGCUCGGGCAGGUGCCGGUGCCGUUCCCGCGGGCCGCCGGGUCGAGGGCUCCGCGCUGCCGUCAUGCGAUCCGCCCGGCCCCCGGCGCUGGUGCCGGCUCCGCGCAGAACGGCUCCGACCGGAACGGCUCUGUCCGGGGAGCGCCCAGGGGACCGGGCAGCGGGCUGCGAGGAGAGCCGCGUCCUGCGGGACGGGGCAGAGCGGCCACUUCUUUUCACGUGGCUGUUUUCUCCCUACAGGGUGACAGUCGACGGGAAAACAGCUUCUCCCUAAGUCGCACGCAGGGCCGGCACGGCUGCGAAAGGGAAAAUGAUGACAAAACUGAAGACCGUGUGUUAGAAGCAGUAUGUUAUGAGCAGUGUCCUCCCAGAUAGUGCUGUUUAGAGGAAGGUGACAACAUCCUUGGAGCCACAAGCCGUGUUCCUCCUAAGGCUGUCCAGUAACCUCAUGGUUUUACCCACUUGCUGAUGAAGUUCUAGUUGCUGUUUGCUCUGUCUGCUGUGCUUCACGCAAGAUUUUCAUGGAUCUCAACAGUGCAAGCCAUAUUGUUUUGCAAGUCUUGACCCAAGCUACUAGUCAAGAUACUGCAGUGCUGAAGCCAGCUGAGGAACAACUGAAGCAGUGGGAGACACAGCCAGGUUUUUACUCAGUCUUGUUGAACAUCUUUACCAACCAUGCCCUGGAUGUGAAUGUCAGAUGGUUAGCUGUGCUGUAUUUUAAAAAUGGAAUUGAUCGCUACUGGAGACGAGUUGCACCACAUGCUCUUUCUGAAGAAGAAAAAUCUACAUUGCGUGCUGGACUUAUUGCCAACUUUAAUGAACCAGUGAAUCAGAUAGCAACUCAGAUCUCUGUACUGAUUGCUAAAGUUGCCAGGGUGGACUGCCCAAGGCAAUGGCCAGAACUUAUACCCACUCUUCUAGAAUCUGUGAAAGUCCAAGAUGAUCUUCGACAGCACAGAGCAUUACUUACAUUUUAUCAUGUUACAAAGACCCUGGCAUCAAAACGACUUGCUGCAGACAGGAAGCUUUUCUAUGAUCUUGCAUCUGGUAUUUAUAGCUUUGCAUGUUCCUUGUGGAGUCAUCAUACAGAUACGUUCCUACAACAGGCUUGCACAGGGAAUGAAGCCGCUGCCUCAAAUUCAUUAGAAAGAACUCUGUUGUCAUUGAAAGUGCUUCGUAAACUAACAGUCCAUGGAUUUGUAGAACCUCAUCGAAGUGUAGAGGUGAUGGGUUUUCUACAUGCACUGUUUGAACGGCUGAAACAGUUUCUGGAGUGUAGUAGAAAUAUACGGACAGGAAACGUAUGCAGAGAUCGUCUAGAAAAGACUAUAAUUCUGUUCACUAAAGUGCUUUUGGACUUCCUGGAUCAACAUCCUUUUUCUUUUACACCUUUAAUUCAGAGGUCAUUGGAGUUUGCUGUAAGCUAUGUUUUCACAGAGGCUGGUGAAGGAGUUGUGUUUGAGCGCUUUAUUGUACAGUGCAUGAAUCUCAUCAAGAUGAUUGUAAAAAACUAUGCUUACAAGCCAUCCAAAUAUAUUGAAGAUAGCAGUCCUGAAACUCUUGAAGCACAUAAGAUAAAGACAGCGUUUUUCACAUAUCCAACACUAAUGGAGAUAUGUAGGAGAUUAGUCACUCACUAUUUUCUGCUGACAGAAGAAGAAUUAACAAUGUGGGAAGAAGACCCAGAAGGCUUCACUGUAGAAGAGACAGGAGGAGAUUCUUGGAAGUACAGUCUCAGACCAUGUACGGAAGUCCUUUUUAUUGAUAUUUUCCAUGAAUAUAAUCAGACUCUUACUCCUGUACUUUUAGAAAUGGUUCACAGUCUGCAAGGAACUACCAACUUGGAAGAUACCAGUGCUAUACUGAUUAAAGAUGCCGUGUACAAUGCAGUUGGACUGGCUGCUUAUGAAUUAUUUGAUAGUGUGGAUUUCGAUCAGUGGUUUAAAAAUCAACUGCUAGCAGAACUUCAGGUUUCUCAUAACAGAUAUAAACCGAUACGCCGACGAGUAAUUUGGCUGAUUGGACAGUGGAUUUCAGUAAAAUUCAAAUCAGACUUGAGGCCUAUGUUGUAUGAGGCAAUUCGUAACUUGCUUCAAGACCAAGACUUAGUGGUCCGUAUUGAGACAGCUACAACACUGAAGUUAACUGUAGAUGACUUUGAGUUCAGAACUGACCAGUUCUUACCGUAUUUGGAAUCCAUGUUUACACUGCUCUUUCAGCUACUUCAGGAAGUAACAGAAUGUGACACGAAAAUGCAUGUUCUUCAUGUUCUGUCUUGUGUGAAUGAAAGAGUCAAUGUACAGAUACGACCAUAUGUAGGAUGUUUGGUUCAGUAUUUACCUCUUCUUUGGAAACAGAGUGAGGAGCACAAUAUGUUACGGUGUGCCAUUCUAACUACCUUAAUCCAUCUUGUUCAGGGCCUGGGAGCAGAAAGCAAAAAUCUCUAUCCUUUUCUACUUCCAAUUAUUCAGCUAAGUACAGAUGUUUCCCAGCCUCCACAUGUCUAUCUUCUGGAAGAUGGUUUAGAGUUGUGGUUAGUGACAUUGGAAAAUAGCCCAUGUCUUACACCUGAGCUCCUAAGAAUAUUUCAGAACAUGUCAGCCCUUCUUGGCAGAAAUUUUGAUUUCUGUGGGCCAAAAAAGUGCAUCCAUUGGCUGGAAAACAGAAACCAUUUUGAGCUGAGUUCAGAAAACCUCAAAAAUUGUUUUAAGAUCAUCAAUGCCUAUGUUUUCUUAUCAUCAACUGAGUUUUUACAGACAUAUGCUGUUGACUUGUGUCGAUCAUUUUGUGAACUCUUAAAGGACAUAACUACUGAAGGUCAAGUUCAAGCUUUAAAGGUCGUGGAAAAUGUCCUAAAAGUAAAUCCUAUUUUGGGUCCUCAAAUGUUCCAGCCUCUUCUGCCAUCAGUGUUCAGGGGGAUUAUAGAUGGGGAGAGAUACCCAAUGUUGAUGUCUACUUAUCUGGGGGUCAUGGGUAGAGUUCUUCUACAAAAUACAAGUUUUUUUUCAUUGCUUUUGAACCAGAUGGCAUGUGAAUCAGGCCAGGAGUUGGACCAAAUUCUUGGUAACAUGAUUGAAAUGUGGGUUGAUCGGAUGGAUAACAUCACUCAGCCAGAGAGAAGAAAACUUUCUGCUUUGGCACUGAUUUCACUUCUACCUUCAUUGAAUAGGGAGUCUCUGGUAGGAAGAAACUUUGCCUCCUUUCAAGAGAAAAAGGAGAGGAAAGGAAAAAAAGAUGGUAUUAUCUUCACUGAAAACUGCAGUGUUAUCCAAGAUAAAUUUUGUGGUAUCAUCCACGUUACAUUGGAAGGUCUUUAUGAUGUUAUGACCGAAGAUCCUGAAACAGGAACUUACAAAGACUGCCUGUUGCUGUCUCAUUUUGAAGAGCCCAAAGUUACAGAAGAUGAGGAACCUCCCACAGAACAAGACAAAAGGAAAAAAUUGCUUGCCCUAAAGGAUCCCGUACACACUGUGUCAUUGCAACAGUUUGUCUAUGAGAAGCUAAAGGCACAGCAGGAAUUGCUGGGAGAACAAGGCUUCCAUGCGCUUAUGGAGACUGUGGAUACAGAAGUAGUUGCACAGCUGCAAGAAUUUUUACAAGGCUUCUAAAUAAAAUUAAAAAAAAAACCAAACACAAGAUUUUGUAUGUUCAGCUUAACUUCCAAAAAACAGAAAAAUACUCCAGCUAUCUCUUGUAUGAAAGAGCCGACUGAAAGCUGAAAAUAGUUUGUGUUAAAAAAGAAAAGGUUCUUUUGUUUCUCACUGUAAGAUUGAUAGAAUAAAUGUAAGUUGGCUUCUGACUAGA